AUGAUCCGGCUCGAUGGUCGGGGGAUGCUGGCAAUAUGUAGCUGUGAUGAUUCACAAAUGUACUGUCACGGCUGCACUGUCACUAACCAUUUGUGCUUGCCCACCCAUCGCAUCGACGAGUGGACUGGUGUGUGUUUCCAGAGGACGUCACUCAAGAAGCUAGGCCUUCGUAUUCAACUCGGACAUCCUAUUGGCCAGCGCUGUAUCCUUCCCCAUAAAGCCUUCAAUGAUGACUUCGUUAUCAUGGAUACGGACGGUAUACACCAGGUUGGACUCGACUUUUGUGGUUGCGAGACUGCGCAAACACAUACGAAGCAACUACUCCGAAAUCGAUGGUUCCCGUCCACCUCAACUGACCCCAGGACCGCAGCGACCUUUCGAGUACUACGACAGUAUCAUAUCCUUUCAUUUGAGUCGAAGGCAUCUGCGUACGAGUUCUAUCAUACACUCGUUCGCUUGACAGAUAAUACGGGCUUGUCAAAUCGUAAGGACCGCUAUGAAGCAUUUAUGAGAAUGGUGCGCGAAUGGCGCCACCUGAAGAUGGUGAAGCGCUUUGGUCGUGGUCAACCCAGCCGGUCAUGCCCACAGCCGGGCAAGAAUCUGCCUGACGGUUGGCAAGAUGCUAACGUGUUAAGGUGGCUAUAUGCAAUUUUUGUUGCAAUAGACGCGAAUUUUCGAUUGAAGAGACGCGAUGUUUCGAAUGAAGAUGUAGACCCCAGCCUUUCAAAAGGCUGGGCGUAUUUCGUGGAAGAAAAAGGAUACAAGACCUUCCUGGCCCAACACCUCGGAGAUGAGCAGGAGCCCAUGCUUAUUCACACCACCCUGCAGAAAAGCUCAUGUUCAAAUCACAAUGCCGUCAACAUGGCUGAUACGAAGCUGUCACAAGGGCUCGCAGCUACAGGUGUGGGCACGAUCGAUUGCGCCCGUCAUAACAUGAAACGACCAAACGGAGUCGGAGAUUUACAGAAAGGUGAAAAAUACCUCAACAUGGACUAUCUUACACAACUCCAAAUGUUAAAUGUUUCGUACGACAUCGCGUGCCAAUGGCACAAGAACCUCUGGGCGCGGAUGAAAUCAUUUCCUCAAUCCCACAGUUUGGACUACCUCACAAAGGUGAUUCGAUUUUUCGUGCCAAAGUUUCAUCUCCCCGCACAUAUCGCAAAGUGUCAAACACUUUUCUCGUUCAACUUUACGCGUUUCGUCGGCCGCACAGAUGGUGAGGCCCCAGAGAGAGGGUGGUCAAAUAUUAACCCCGUGGCCUCGAGUACGAAGGCUAUGGGCCCUGGCUGCCGUUGUGACACCCUGGACGACCAUUUUGGGGAUUGGAACUGGAAGAAAACAGUUGGGUUGGGCGCCUCUCUCCUCCUCAAGAUCAAGGACACCCUUGCUGAGAGGGCCGAACACAAAAUGGCAUUCGAAGAAUUCGACACCGCUAUCACUCCCGACCACCGUUCUGCGUGGUUGGCAGAAAUGGAGGUUUGGGAGGUCAAUCCCAAUGACACAACUGUUUUUAAUCCGCUCGAGGCUAAAGCUACAUCCAUCACGCAAGCAAGUGCACGGCUUAAGCUUGCUGAGUUGGAGGCCGAGGAACUUCGGCGGGGCAUCGACACGUCUUUACAUCCGGAAAUAUCACGUAGUGUGCUCAUCGCCGCUGGCAUCGACCUCGAAGAGGAGCAGCGUCGUUUGACCAUUGCUGUGGAAUCCUUAGGUAUCCAUGCUACUGAUACACAAAAAAGCAGCAUCGUGCGAAUGCGGAACUCGCUACGGCGCAACAUCGACACGUGGAGACGCGCCCAAGUCCUCUACCUCCCCGCUGUCCAAAGCAUUAUCAAUCAUGCAGUGCGUGAAGUUCAAGAGAAUGCCGAAUGCAUGAAGCUUUGGCUACCUUCCCAGCUGAGAGACAAACCAUGUGAUCCAUGCCUGCAAAAUGAUGAGUGGGAGUUGCGCUACGCUCAAGCUCACGACACACUCGAAGAGAUCCGUCAGUGCUUGCGGAUUCAUUGCUCUCUGCUGUCAUUCAAACGAGAAUGGAUCCGGGGUCAAGGCGCAAACACGCGAGCUCAGAAUGCUCUCGCUCGGGUCCAUGGAAGGCGCACUGCGUGCGUGAAGCGAUACCGGUCGACAUGGGUGGCGCUCAAGGCCCUAGCUACAGCAAUGGGGAAGAAAGACUGGCAGGGGAGGUUGCAGGAGCUGGCGGAUAAUGACAUCAAGCCCCUCGUGGAUCCGUUCGCUACUGGUGAAGGGAGACGUCAAGUAUCUUGGAUCUGGAUGAUGGAUGGCGUUGAUUGCAGUGACGAAGGUGAUAAUGAUGGUGUCCGCAUCGAGUGGUGUAAAAGCCGUGCGAGGGCACUGCGCUGGUCAGAAGAGGUGGAGUUGUUGAGGGAAGAGAUGCGCAGAGUGCUUCAGUUUUUUGCCUGGCAGGCAGCGUGGUGGGAAGAUCAAGGAAAGCGGCGUGUUGGAGAGUGUGCCACGCACGCUGAAGGGUUGUAUGCAUAUGCUGUCCGACAGGCUAACCUCCGUCGCAGGAUGGCAGACGAUUUUCGCAUACUGUGGUCACCUUAUCUUUCACUGCAUGCCCUCCCACAAGCCCUCCCCAUCAACCCGCCAUCUCAGCUGUCUGAACUGUCGUUACCUGACCUCACCAUACCCGAUAUUCCCUAG